GCGCCGGCGACAGCGAAACUCUCGCGAUGAUUGGAUGCCCUCCUCCCAUUGGCUGUCAGUGCGCGCGGCGUUUGUGUGGCGCGCAGGCGUCCAGGGGGCCCCGGGAACGGGAAUUCACUAUUACUAUAAAAGAAAAUGUCUACAUCUAACAUUGCAGCAAGAGUGGAAACCUGGCUUUCGUCCACAUGGCAUAUUAAAGUUCCUUUGACAUGGCUGGAAGCAUGUAUUAAUUGGAUCCAGGAGGAAAAUAGUGGUAGUAAUUUAAGUCAAGCUCAGAUUAACAAGCAAGUAUUUGAGCAAUGGCUUCUUACCGAUCUAAGAGACUUGGAAUAUCCCAUUUUGCCUGACUGCAUCUUGAAUGCUCCCAAAGGAGAGUUGUCAGGCUUCUACUCCAUACAGAUUGAUUCACUGGUUGAUGUUAGCCAGCCAGCAUAUUCUCAGUUGCAGAAGCUAAGAGGGAAAAGCACCGUAAAUGAAGAAGUAACAGCCAGUACUCAGGCAUUUCAGAAGCCCUGGGAAGCAAAGCCUACUCGAAUGCUGAUGCUACAACUAACUGAUGGAAUACAUCAAAUUCAGGGCAUGGAGUAUCAACCAGUGCCUGUCCUGUGCAGUAAUCUUCCUCCUGGAACAAAAAUCACUGUACAGGGUAAUACUGCAUAUCGUCUUGGAGUCCUUCUGCUUAAACCAGAAAAUGUGAAACUGUUGGGGGGUGAAGUGGAUGCUCUUCUUGAGGAUUAUUCUCAGGAAAGAGUCCUUGCUAGAUUAAUUGGAGAAACUGAAAACUGUAAUUCUGUUGGACAAGCUGGUCGUGAACAGAUUUUUUCCAGGCCUGUGGAUGAAUCAGAACAAUCUCUUGGCCCUUCAGAUGAAGAGCUUUUAGCCGGUCUUGAUGAAAAUAAUGAAUUUACUUUAAACAAUGGAACAUCUUUAGAAAGUGGAUAUUGCAGCAAAAGCAACAAUUUUAGUACAGCCUCAGGUUCACUGACUGUACACAAUGAAAAUGUUUUGAUAGAGAAAUCUGGAAACCCUUUUCCUCAUUCAGUUGAACAAGUUUCACCUCCCAUAGAAUAUGCUGAUGGCUUUUUAAAUGACUUUCCUUUAGAAGAUGACUUUCUUCUGGAAGAAGAGAUGCAAAUAGAGCUGGAUGAAGUGACACCAGUGGUCAUGAACAGAAACACAGGUUUAAUUACUGAAAGACUUCCACAUACACCUAGAAGAUCAUGCAAUUUGUCUUUAAAUGGCAUAUGUGAAAAAAGUGAUGUGAAUGAAAGAGAUAAACCUAUGGAAGCUAUCAGCAAGGAAAAGAAUUUUGGAAAAACAAUAUGUGAUGAAGGUGGAAAUAGCAUGAAUAGCUUUUUGCAGCUCAGAAGCGUACAUCAGACCUGCAGUUCUUCAGAUUUUUCUUUGGAAAAUCCUCCUGAAGAAGGGCAGAAUGAUACAGACUUAGAUGAAAGGAGAUGUAAAUCCCAGCAGACUUCCGACCGCAGUGUGUUAAAUGGUGAUCCUGUAUUUUUCUCAAAAACAGAUCCAGAAGCAGUUCAGCAGAAGCAUGAUUCACAGACCUUUCCUUGCAGAGCAGUAGAGCCACAUUUAGAUUUGAAUUCUUCACCUUUCACAUAUAUUUCUCUUCUCCUUGCAAAAAAACCAGAAACUGUUACAAUUCUGAAAGUUAAGUGUUUUAUUGUUACUCUCACUGGAAACCUCACAAACAGCAAUGGGUCCUGGGGUAUAAAGGCAAAAAUUUCUGAUGGUUCUGCUUAUCUUGAAGUAGAUUUUGCUGAUGAUAUUCUAACAAGCUUGAUUGGCUUUUCGGUGGCUGAAAUGAAUAGGCUGAAAAAGGAUCCAGCUUUACGUCUAAAGCUUAGGGGUGGUUUAAAGAAAUGUCAAAAACAACUGAUAGACCUCUGUUGUUUGAUGACUAUUGAGUUUGAUCCAUUUGAGUCUAAAAGUACUGUGUUAGUCCUCCAGGAUGCUGAUACAAGGCAUCUAGAACAAUUGAAGAAACGUUUGAAUAAAUAACACGUGUAAACUUGCAGACUGUGUAUUAGGAAGCAUUUAAGUUACAUUUCCCCUGGGGGACUAUUGGAAGUUAAAUUUUAAAGUUAAAUGGUGUGUCUUUUAUCAGGAAUUAUAAUGGAAAACUGAGAGGAGAUGACUUGUCAGAGCAAAACCAACAGUUUGUUUCUUAUGAUGAUAAUAUUGAAAUAAACUUUCGAAUAUUUCUGUCUUGAUUUAAAACACUCAUGCAUCAUUUUCAUUCUACAAAAUCCCAUGUGUUCUGGACUGGUAAUCCAGAGUGCCAAAAUUUGUCAGGAAACAUAUAACAACAAAAAAAAGUCUCAUUAUUAUACUUUUUCAAGUACUUACCUGAUUUUUAAAAGGAAGAUGUAGGAGACUCUCAGUCUUUUCUUGGAGGAAAUCAGUUGAGUAAAUUUAAAUAAAGAAUUAUUGUUUAAAUACAUUCCCUUCUGACUCUGCCAAUCCGAAAACUCAAAUAUAUAUUCAAUGUGCAAGAAUCUGGAGUGUAGAGCAAUGAAAGAUUUUCUCCUAAAUAUUCAGGUGUGGAGGGAAAAAAACCCCAAUUUUAUGCGAACAUGAGAUUAAAAGACCUGUAUAUUUUUAAAAAUAAAUAAAAAGAAGUAUUUUAAAAUAUUUUAUUAACAAAAUUAUUAUAACAUAUGGUGAUUCAAUUUUUUGUCAUGUUAGUGUUAAUAAUUACUAAUAGUUUUGAACCUGCAGGCAAACUUAUUCAUUAACACUUCUGAUUACUCAUCAACCUUUUCACAGAGUAGUCAAAUACUGCAAACCUGUUGUAUAGUGUAUUUAAUGUUGGUCUUAAUUUUGAUUCCUCUUUUUUUUUACUUUCUGUUUUUAAAAAUGUAUACAAAUAUAUUAAGGUUAUUGUGGGGUGAAGUCACAGCCCCACAAAUGAAGUUUGAAGGGUUUGGAGUGUUGCAGAGUGUUAGGCCAUUUCCCAUGAGAGCAGUGGAGCUAUUAGAUAGUUCCCAUGGACACAGCCUUGAGCUGUGUGGCUGAGCUCAGGUGCCGCAUUCCUGGAUGUUGUUGUAAGAAUAUGUUUGUGUUGUGUAUGGGAAAGUAGAGGUGGGAGAACUGAAUAAAAAAGCUGUCUGCUGCGCUGAGCAGGCAGACAUCCCUUUGUCUCACCAUCCUCGUGUGUGUUGUGUGUCUUCUUCCCCCCUUGGACCAGGACCCCUUCGACAGAUACCCAGCGACAGGUUUUCACUUAAACUGUGGUGGAAGCUGUCCAGUCACUUCAAAAGAAAAAUAUACAUCUUGAUGAGUCUAUAGAGUAUCAGAAACUAUUUGAUUAGGGUUUAUGUUCUUUUUACUGGCCGCCCUUUUCUCCUCUCUUGUUUGUUUUUUGUCUGUUUGUUUUUGUUUGGUUGUUUUUGAGUUUUGUUUGUGCUUUUUGUUUUGGUUUUUUUGUUUGUUUUUUGUCCUUUGGUUGGUUGAGUUGGGCUAGGUUGUUUUCCUGUGAAAUUAGAAGAAUUAAAAUUCUGGCAGGGAUAACAGGAUAAAUGAGAGGAGCAGUCUGCACAGUGUUGAUGUGCUGGCAAAGAAUGUAAAAUUGGUGGCCAUUUUUUCAAUUGGCCUGUCAGUAUUUUUCUUCAGAGCCGUUUCUUUCUCUGAACAAUGUCUGUUAGACCAUUGAGAAUUGCUGUAAGAGACCGUCAGUAUUCCCUUACUACUCCAUCCCAAAACUGAGAAGCACCUUCGAGACUGUAGGAAGUGUCCCAGGGAUGCAAGGGGUGCAUCAUGGGAGUUGGAGUUCCUAGACAGCCUACUGUUGGAGAAGAUGAGACUGAGUGGCAAAGAUAUGAAGCAUGGAGAAAGAUUUAUAAUCCAUAAAUGGACAUUUUUAUACCGGACUGGACAUUCUUAUACCGGAUAUGACAUUCCCUGGAUUUGACAGCUUUACCCCAGUUUCCCCGGUUUAUUGUUAUAUUGUUAUGUGGUUGUGUAUACCCCCAGUUGUUGUUUUAAAAUCCUACCCACCAUAUUGUCUCCUUCCUCCCCUCACAGUUUUCCCGCCUUAACCCUGUUUUCCCGC